GUUCGUCAUGGAGCUUGGUCAGCAUUCUCGGAUCUCGGAUGGCCAAAAGUACACAAACACAACGCAUGCGCAGACCCCGAUAUUCCGUCGAUGUCCCAACUCGAGUCUGCCUUGACUUUCAGUUGCCGUCGCGGCCUUCCAAACGACAGUGUCUCGAGAUUUUCAAGUUCCUCGCUUGGACUUUCUCCUUUUUUUUCUGUGGGAAAAACAAGUGUUUCGCUGGUGUAAUUUAACUUAAUAAAAGCCUGCAAGAACCAUAAGAUUUUAGUUAUUUUGUUGGAAUACUUUGAAAUACUCCCUAACGCAGAAAUCCGAGUUCACAGAUCACAUGUUUUUUGUGUCUUCGUCGUUAACGCAUUUUUGACCCAAGUCAAUAAAAGCUAACUCCGCGCAAUCUGAACCUGGCAUUCGAUAGCACAGCCUAACAACAACUAGGCCUUUGUAUACACAUUAUUCCAUUUAUAAUUAGGAAACGGAUAGCUGCCUGCUGGCAGUUCUUGGCACGACAUGGUCGUGUCCGAAUCAGAAUCAGAGUUUCUGUCUGAAUCUGGGACCCAACCGGCGAGUGAGCACCAGGAAUCCAACGUGGGAAAUCUGGAAAAUUUGCUUGGAACACAUGAACAUGAACAAGUGAUAGAUUUGAAUCCUGAGUGCCCGAAUAAACAGAAAGAUUCCAAACAAGAAGUGAAAAUCGCCGAGCCAAAGGAGCUGAAGAAAAACCAACCAGACGAAAGUAGUCCCACAAAGGAAGACACAACUAGACCUCUUGUUCUAGAGGAAAGGCACUCACUGUCCAUAGCCGAAACAAAAAAGCGCAGAGAAAGUGUGUAUUCCAACGAACUGCUCUUCAUACCCAAAGAACUCGCUCGCAGUGAGCUUCAGCAGCGGACGAGGACUCGUAGUAGAUACGCCAAGCAUCGGGAAUACCACCUGCGUAUGUUGAGAUUCCCCGUGGGAUCCGGUCGACCCCGAUUCGUGGCCAAGCAAAUGAAGGAAGGCCGGGUGGAUAGUCAUCCGCACUUCAACUCUCAACCCGAAGAUGGGUCUGAAUCCAACGAUUUCCUUGCGAACGUCAAACAGGAAGAGUUCAUUGAGGAGCCACUCGAAGGAUUUCAAAAUCCAAAGGACUUGCCCCUAAGCAUGCCCGAUUUGAGGGCAGAAACGGCAGUGAAGCCUCCACUUCCCGACGAUGAAGAAACCAGCAUUUCUUUAUACGAUCUGGUGAAAAAGGAAGUCGAUGCCAACAAUGCCUCGGAGGAAGAGAACCGAAAAAUCCUUCAAAGUCAGCGCCAAAGUGUGAUUAUGUCCAGCAGCACAAAACAUCAGCAUUAUCCCUAUUUAUGCUGGCACUAUCCAGAUCAAGAGGUCCUGGACUCUAAGAUGGGACCCUGGAAGCCGUGGAAACCCAAAAGUGAGCCGGAUAUUCAAGUGGGCUAUUGUGAGGUGAAUAAUGUAGAUUCCUCAGAAGGCGGAAAUGAACUUGAUCAAGUGCAGAAUCAAGAGGAACAUAAUCAAGAACUAGCAAAUUCUGAGCAGCCAUCAACUAUAGAACCUCCGUUGCAGCGACUGCAUGCAAUCAGUAGUCCAUAUCCCCAGAUUGAGUCAAGCCACGAAGAUCCAGUCCCCCAGCAAGUUUUUGAAGAGUCAGUUAAUGAUUUAACGCCGGCAAUAUCAGAACCCUCUGGUGAUUCCGAGCAGACAACAAAUUCAGCACUUCGUCAGCAGUUAAUACAUCACAUUGUCCAACCAAAUUUGCUCAACGCGGAAAUUUGUCAAUCCCACAGCUGCAAUAACAACGCCGUCGAUCGAGUCAAUCAAAACAUCAGACAACCCCAGCAUGCAGAGACUUCCAUGGCCAAUGAGCUUAGUCAUCAGUGGAACCACUCCUAUGCAGAUCAGACAUUCCACCAGCAACAGCAAUUGCACAUUCAGCAGCAAUAUGUGUACCAGCAACUCAAUCAGGCAUCCAGCCAGCAGCAACAGGAGUCCAUUUACCAGCAACAUCAGCUCGAGGCCGAGGACAAGUUGCAGCAAAUGAGGGCCAUGUAUCAGCGCAUCAAGUGCCGGGAAGAGGAGCAACUGCGUCUGAUGGGCAGAUCCCUGAAGAAGCUCCUGGACGAGCGACUGAACUGUGAGCGCCAGCAUGAGGAGGAGAAGCGAUUGUUUCUGCUCAAAAUGGAGCAAAUCAGAAAGAUGGAGGAAAAACUGCGGCUGGACAAGGAGCAGCUGCAGCGACAACUGAGAUCGGAUCUCCGUACCCUGGAGCUGCGAAUUGCUGAUCAGCAACGGCAGCAGAAUGAGAAGGCAUUAGCCUGGUCCUGGCAGCAACAGCAGCAGCAGCAGCAGCAACAGCAGCAACAACAACAAUUGCUGGUGCAACAGCAAUCUCAGCAUUUUAUGCAUCAUCCGCACAACCACGAAUCCCAGCCAAACCAAGAGCAACACACAUAUGUGCAGCAACAUUCGUUUCUGUACGAUCCGCCACCUUAUAUAUAUCCACUUGGCUAUCAGGAAUCGAUGGCAUAUCAACAGCGCAUACAAGCCUAUCACGAUCAGCAGCAUUUCAAUCCGGCAGAGACUCAAAGUCAAGCCAUUGAAAUGCAGAGAAGACUAAUGCUGCCGCCACCGCCUCCAUAUUGCCAGUCCAACAGCAGGAUCCUAAUGGAAGCCAGUUCAAAGUCCAGAAAGGUGAAACAUCGUCGUCCAGCUGCCGACCCAAGGUCAGAUCCAUAUGCUGUCCAAAUGAGACCCCCUUUGCCACCAGCUGCAGCUCAGGUCAUGCACACUCAGGAUAACACACAAAUCAUUCAACCCGCAGCAGCACAAACUCAUGACCCGAGAAGCGAACCAAUAGGAAUCACCUCUAUCAUGACUAAUUUUGUGGCUAACUUUAUGAAUAUGCAUGCUGAGAGAUAA